CCUGGAAAAUGUUUUGAAACUUUCCCUUGUAUAAAAUGCAGUAUGCCAUGGAGCCCGUUGUGGCCAGUGGAUACUUGUCAGAUGGGGAGGCGACUUUGGAAUCAAUUAAUCUCGCACCGAUUGAAGGUCAUCAGUGGAAUCAGUUACAGGAUGGUACGAUUGAGGUGACUGAUCGGCUUCCCAAGAAAGACUACUAUCUAAGCUUACGGAGAUUCAAUACUACAAUCUCUAACGCCGGUACCACGCAGCGGAUGGGUAGCAUAUCCAGUGGUUCAGCUCUGGGACCAGUAAACGGUACUUCUGCAGCAGCUGGAGGUGGUACAUUUACUGCUUGUGGACCAAACAAACCGUCAGGGACUAAUGCGCUCUCUACUGGCAGUACGUUCCGUGGCCGUACAAAUGCUUCACUUUUGGAUUUUAAACCAUCUGGGAAAACGGUCGAUUGUACCGUCGUCAUGUUAGACGGCACGGCUAGAGAGUUUCGGAUCGACCGAGCUGCCUACGGUCAACAAUUAUUCGAGUCUGUGUGUGCACAUCUUGGCCUUCUGGAGGUGGAAUACUUUGGAAUUACAUUUUACGACACAGCCAAUAAUCUGUUUUGGUUAAACCUGCAUCAGAAAAUUGCCAAGCAAUUGGGGAAGAACGAUUGGCAAUUCGAAUUUCAAGUCAAGUUCUACCCGUACGACAUUGAUUCGAUCCGAGAAGACCUCACACGUUAUUACCUGUGUUUACAGGUUCGGCAAGACAUAGUUAGUGGACAAUUGCCUUGUUCCUUCAUGACCUAUUGCCUACUUGGCGCAUACAUCGUGCAAUCCGAGGCCGGCGACCAUGACCCAAACCAACACGUGGGCAUCAAGUACAUACAAGAUCACCCGUUCGCUCCGCACAUUUUACAGACACCGGAGAUGCUUGAGCGUAUUGUACAGUUGCACAAACUUCAUCGUGGAAAAUCACCUCAAGAAGCUGACCGGCUGUUUCUGCAAAACGCACGGGUGUUGGCUCUAUACGGCGUUGAUCUACAUCGAGUAAAGAACUCUCAGGACAAAGACGUCAGUUUAGGAGUGUACUAUGGCGGUAUCCUGGUAUAUCGAAACAGACUUCGCCUCAUGCGAAUUUCGUGGCCCCGGAUUAUAAGCCUAUCUCAUCGUGGUCGGCAUUUCGUUGUGGUUCUUCGACCGAGUGACACAGAGAAUAUGGAUCGAAACAUGUCCUUCAAAUGUAUCAACACCACUGCCGCAAGGCGUCUCUACACAGUCACUGUGGAGCACCAUGCGUUCUUCAGAUUACGUGGAUCAGCAAGGCCAAAGAAACCCAGUUUUCUCCCCUCCUUUGCUACUCGCAAGUACCACUAUCCGAGCAGUAUUCUUCACUCGCCCACCAUGUAUUCUCCCGGGGAUGGGGUUUCACGUCCACUGUCCAACUUCCGCCCAAUGCCUUCUCAUCCGAAAGACACUGGUUUCUUUACUUUGUCUGGCCGUCCUGAUGAUGUCCAUAUUAAUGGCGCUAUUGCUAGUCAGUAUCAAUACCAGCCUGCGAUGUAUGUGGGGGACGCGAUGCAACCACUUUACCAGGAUGGCCAGCAAAUGGCGAAUGGUCUGCCGGCGUCAGGGCCCCAAGGAGCGCAACGCCAUCUCCCCAGUGGCACAGCUGCUCCCACUUCUUCCGCCGCUCCCAGCACAGCGCCUAUCGUACUGUCCAGGCCCACUUUUGAGGCUGAGCACUGGCGCAUCUCUCCCGCCGACCGAACACAGGGCCUGGGUAUCGAUUCUCGCGGACUGGAUGUGGCUGCUCAGCGCGGCUCUGGCUGGCAGGGUUGUCGAUCCAACAAGGGUGUGAAAGCUCCCGGUUCUUACUAUUACGAGGCAGCUUGCUUGGAAGAUGGUCUUGUCCGUGUCGGAUGGUCGACGAACGACGCCAGCUUGGACCUCGGUGUGGACAACUACGGAUUCGGUUUUGGUGCCGAUCUAGUUGGAGCCGCUGGCGCCAAGGGGACUGGACGCGUGAUGCAUCGAGCAAUGGGUCACGACUAUGGAGUUUCCGUCCACCAAGGGGAUGUUUUAGGAUGUUUGCUGGAUUUGGAUAAAGGAUCGGUGACUUGGUCUUGCAACGGCAAAGUAUUCCAGCGAGCCUUCACCAUUCCCGAUCAGCUCAGAGGCGAAUCCUUCUUCCCAGCCGCUAGCCUGAAGGACUCGCGCAUUCUUUUCAAUUUUGGUGAUCAAAGUUUGGAAUUUCAUCCUGGCGGCCCCUUCGUACCCGUGGCCCAAGCACCAGAUGACAGCGAGGUGCCUAACCGCAAUUCCGGCUGGCGGUUAAACCCAUACGACGCAUCGGUUGGUCUGGACGUCUCACCGGAUGGCAGCAUGGCUCAGGCGCACCUCGGACGCGGGUGGCAGGGGUGUCGUGCGAAUCAAGGUGUUCGUGGAUCUGGUCGCUUCUACUUCGAAGUUGUCCCGCUCGAGUCCAUGGGAUUGUACCGCGUCGGCUGGUCCACCGAAGAAGGAAGCCUGAACCUCGGGUCCGAUCGUUUUGGCUACGGUUAUGGCGCUGAUAACGAAGGGUUUGGCCUAAACGGCCAACAAGGCAAACGUGUGCAUCGAGACGAGAUUGAGAAUUACGGUGAGGCUUUCACCAAAGACGAUGUCAUCGGUUGCUUCGUUGAUACCGUUGAGCAUAUAAUCAAAUGGUCGAAGAAUGGCAUGGAUUUUGGCGAGGCCUAUCGCAUUCCCGCCGAUGCAACCCCCGGAACCACCACUGCCUUCUUUCCUGCUGUUUCACUUCUUAACUCCACAGUGGAAUUCAACUUCGGGGACAAACCAUUCCAAUUCUAUCCUGGGCCCGAUUGGACUCCUGUUUGUUGCACCCCCGCGGAUUACGUCAAGCGCACGCGUCGGAAGGGACCGGAAGUAAGUGCACGCCUCUAUCUACCGCAUCCCAUUUCACACAGUGUGUCACUGGGACAACUGACUGGUUUUUUUCCACUCUGCUCUCGGAAAUUCUCCUCCCUCUUAUGACCCCUGAAACUCAAUAGUUUGGAGUUCAUUGUCAAAUGAAAGUGUGGCUAGACCCUCUGACGCGUUUGGGCGACCGCAUAUUCUUAGAACUCACUUUCCAGUCGUUUUUUCUAUCUUGUUGCUCUAGUACUAUUUGUACCUCCAUCCGCAAACUACGCACUACAUUAGCUCUGUGUAAUUCCUCCAAACAUUCCAUAUCCAAUUCGAUCUGGGUAUGCAGGUUCACUUCUUACAAAGGACUGUGUAAUUAAGCGGAUAGCGAAAAUGUGCGCACUCUAGCAUGCCCCUCAAUUUUCCGCCUUAUCGUGUGUGUGCAUUGAAUGACACCUGCGUUCCAAUUCACUCGUUUCACUUUCAUCUCUUUCCUCGGCAGCCCGUGUUUACAGCCUCCCCAUCACCUUCUACACUCAGCCGUCAUGCACAGUGUGCGAGAGAAAUCGUUGUAGGCUAUUGUGUGGUUGCGGUUGGGCUCAUUUCCGCUGUUUGAGCUCUGAACUAAUGAAGUUGUCUUUAUUGGUGUGCGUGCGUGCAUGUGUCCGAAGUAUACAGUGCGAAUGCUUGUUAUCACUAAAUGGGCUGAUUUGCAUGUAUCUGUUUGAUAGGUUGUCCAGACAUCUGGAGUAUAGUUUUAAUUAGAGCAAUAACGAAGUUGUUUAAAAAGGAUGAGUGAUGUGGAACCUGGGAGAUUCUCAAUUUGUUCAACCUGUUUGGCUUGUUGAACUUAUCGCUGGGGCGACUAUCCCCCAGGGUGCUGCGAAUUGGUUUCCACUAUAGUCAAGAGUGUUACGCUUUUGAAUUUGCGAUUUCCGGACACUACUGAGGUUUCGCUCUGUGCCCAAGCAAAUAGCGUCCUCGGAAAUACACUCUUACUCCGAGUUUUCUUGGGGGAGUUCUAGCGGUCAUGGAUGUUUUUGCUCCUCGUCACACUUCCGUCUCGUCUCCGACAAAACGAAAGUGAUCACUGAAUUCAGAUGUUUCCGUUAUAACCGUCGCCGCUUUGGUUUUACCGUCCUCACUUGGUACUGUUCCCUAGUUGAAACGUAAGUUUCGGGUCUUGCGAACUCGGAUGACACGUCCUGUUCGACUUCGUCGCCCAGUAAUUUCUACCUCACUUUAUCGAGCCGAACGCGGAUCUUGUACCACUAUCCGCGACUCUUAGAGAAAACAGAGAACAUUAGUGAUAGCGUUUAUGUGACUUAGCCAAAGGCGACACAUGGUGCGUGCAUCUUAGUAUUUGUGGAACGGUGGCGUAACUGCCACCUGCUAACUGGAAGCGACGAUGAUUGUCAGGAUGAUGUAUGUGCCCCACUCGAUAGCGGUACGACUCAGGGGAUCACAGUCGGUCACCUGGUGUCUCUGGAGCAUAAAGGAAAUAAAUGCCAUCUGAUAACGUUGACAUCGGUAACGCAUUGCGUAAACAUUCUACGGGAACAAUAUAGCAUACUUGGAGUUUGGGAACCCCUUCGUCCGAUGAGAAUCACCCCCUCUCAGAUGACACACACACACACAGUUCGGUAAGCUUUUCCUGCCUCACUCGAUGCUAUUUUUUCCAUAAGCUGCCUUUCCUCUAAACUCCAUAUAUCGCAUCCUUGAAGUAAACACUCGGAGUUAGCUAACGAUGACCCAACCUAGGUUACAGUCAUUGGCUUCUUCGUAUCCAUCUUUUCACGCAGUUAUAGUGGAAAAUUUUCAUUUGUGGAGAUUCGUCGCAGUUAGACUCAGGCGGACAGCCGCCACACAUCCAGGAAAGCGCUAGGCGGCCGCUUCUUCGUAUUGGGACUCGUCAGUAGCGCGCACCCGCCGAAUCUUGCCGGGUUCGAACUUACGACCUUACUCUUGCGAGCCGACGACUUAUGCCACUGAGCCAUGGGCGAUGGCAGCAGACCGCUAUGACUGAUAUCUAACUGCGAUGUAACGCGGCUGCGACGAAUUUUUAC